GGGAAUUAAACGGUGGUUCUCUGGAAGAGCAGCCAGUGCUCUCAACUGCUGAGCCAUCCAGCCCUGAUCAUUGUUAACUUUAAGUGAUAGUUCAUUACGCCAAGAAUAAGUACACAUCCCUUUGCUCUAAGCAAAUUUAUUUCUUCUUUCCCAGCUCCUUGCAACUAUGUUUCACGUGUUAAUGGAUUUGCCUGUUCUAGACAUUUCGUAUAAAUGGAAUCAUAUGUCCUGUGGUCCUUCUGUCUGGCUUUUUCCUAUCAUAUGAAGAACGUUGAGACUUUUUCCAAGUACUUUCCCAUAUUAUAUUCUCUCCAGAGUGUGUAAGAGUUCAGAGUUCUUACCUGUGGUGUGCUACCUGCCGUAUUUUAUUUACAGUGGGGAUGGAGGUGGCUGAACUUAGAGCCUUGUUCACACACCCCAGCCUUUUGCCUGCUUUGUUCCUGCUUUCAAGCCAACAGUAUGAGGUGAUGCCUGUUUUGCAUUAUGGUUUGAAUGUACACUUCCAUGGUGACUAGCAGCAUGAACAGUGAGUGCCAACAGUCAUAUUCUGGGCUGCAGACAGUGGUUUUGACAUGCCAAUGGCCAUUCUUACAUAGAAUGUAAGAAUGUUGGUGCAGUAUACUUGUGUCUUCUUGCGUGCUCUAAAAGACUGAUCUUGGCCAUCUGCUCUCAGAGUCUGCAGGUCCCGCAUCCUCACAUUCAGCCAACCAUAGAUCCACAAAGAGUUCUUCUGAUGGUGAAACUCAGUGGUAGAGCAUGUGCCUAGCUAUGUAAAACACUGGGUACCAUCCCCAGCACUGCCCAGAACAUUUUGAAAGUUUUUUUAGGUUCAUUUAAUUUUUUCUUUAUUUUAUGUUUGUGGAUGUUUGCCUACAUGCGUUUAUGUACACCAUAUGUGUGCCUGUUGGAUCCCCUGGAACUAGGGUUAUGGAUAGUUGUGAGCCACCAUAUGGAUGCUUGGAAUCAAACCCUGGUCCUCUGAAGGAACACAAGUGCUCUUAAGUGCUGAGCCCCUGCCCAGAACAUUUUUAAAUCCAGGUAUUCACACCUAUUAUCCUGGCAUUCUGAAGGCUGAGGCAGGAGGAAUGCCCUGAGUUCCAGGCCAGCUAUAACAGGAAACCUGUCUCCAACAGACAAGAAUUUUGAGGAUGGAAAGUAUUUAUAUAGCACUUAUAUGGAACCAGGUAUUACAAGUCCUCUAGAGAUCAUUAAAAAUGUAUGGAGCCACAUCAGUAACCCCAGCACUCUAGAGGUGGAGGCAGGAAGACCAAGACUCUAAGGCCACCCUGAGUUAUAUGAAGCCCAGAAGCUUAGUGGUGGAGCACUUGCCUAGCACACUGAAGGCCCCGGGUUUAAUCCCUAGCAACACAAGAAAGCAAGGGGACUUGAGUGGCUGCGGAUUCCAAUAUCUGUAGUGCCCCUGAACCAGUCCCCUGCAGAUAACCACGGGAUGACUGUUUAAAGGCAGGGCUGUGUGGGGACAGGAAGUGGAGGUGGCACUGCCACUUAGCUGUAUCACAGAUUUCACCAUGUGGACGUUGUGGCUCCCACAUGCUCUUCUGCAGGAGGUGAGGUUGCUGAGGCAAGGCAGGGCCUAUGUUGGUUUCUGCCACCUGACCUGUCCAGUAUCUAUCUCCUGUCCUCACGCAGCUGCUGCCAUGGCGCAGACCCUGCAGAUGGAGAUUCCAAACUUUGGCAACAGCAUCCUUGAGUGCCUCAAUGAGCAGCGGCUGCAGGGACUAUACUGUGACGUGUCAGUGGUGGUUAAGGGCCACGCCUUCAAGGCCCACCGUGCUGUGCUGGCCGCCAGCAGCUCCUACUUCCGGGACCUAUUCAACAGUAGCCGCAGUGCUGUGGUAGAACUGCCAGCCGCUGUGCAGCCACAGUCAUUCCAGCAGAUCCUCACAUUUUGCUAUACAGGCCGGCUGAGCAUGAACAUGGGGGACCAGUUCCUGCUCAUCUACACAGCUGGCUUCCUGCAGAUUCAGGAGAUUAUGGAGAAGGGCACCGAGUUCUUCCUCAAAGUUAGCUCUCCAAGUUGCGACUCCCAGGGCCUGCACCCGGAGGAGGCCCCAUCUUCAGAGCCUCAGAGUCCUGUAGCGCAGACACUGGGCUGGCCAGCCUGUAGCACGCCACUGCCCCUUGUGUCACGAGUCAAGACAGAACAGGAGUUGGACUCCGUGCAGUGCACACCCAUGGCCAAGAGGCUGUGGGAUAGCAGCCAGAAGGAGGCUGGAAGCAGUGGUGGCAACAAUGGCAGUCGCAAGAUGGCCAAGUUCUCCACACCAGACCUAGCCCCUAACCGGAUGCCCCAGCCAGUCUCAGUGGCCACAGCUACAGCAGCAGUGGCUGUGGUUGCAGUGGGAGGAUGUGUGAGUGGACCCAGCAUGUCAGAGCGGACCAGCCCAGGUACCUCCAGUGCCUACACCAGUGACAGCCCUGGCUCCUACCACAAUGAGGAGGAUGAAGAAGAAGAUGCAGGUGAAGAGGGUACAGAUGAGCAGUACCGUCAGAUCUGCAAUAUGUACACCAUGUACAGUAUGUUGAACGUUGGCCAGACAGCUGAGAAGGUAGAGGCCCUCCCUGAGCAGGUGGUCCUCGAGUCUCGAAGUCGAAUCCGGGUGCGACAAGACCUGGCAUCUCUUCCAGCUGAACUUAUCAACCAGAUUGGCAACCGCUGCCACCCAAAGCUCUAUGAUGAAGGUGACCCCUCCGAGAAGCUGGAGCUCGUGACAGGCACCAAUGUGUACAUCACAAGGGCACAGCUCAUGAACUGCCACGUCAGUGCAGGCACGAGGCACAAGGUCUUGUUGCGGCGGCUCCUGGCUUCUUUCUUUGACAGGAACACGCUGGCCAAUAGCUGUGGCACUGGCAUCCGCUCUUCCACCAAUGACCCUAGACGCAAGCCGCUGGACAGUCGCGUCCUCCAUGCUGUCAAGUACUACUGCCAGAACUUCGCCCCCAACUUCAAGGAGAGCGAGAUGAAUGCCAUUGCAGCUGACAUGUGCACCAAUGCCCGCCGAGUGGUACGUAAAAGCUGGCUGCCCAAGACCAAGCCGCUGCACCUGGUGGAGGGUGAUAGCUACAGCAGCUUUAUCAGCGACACUGGCAAGAUAGAGCCGGACAUGAUGAGCAUGGAACACAGCUUCGAGACAGCCAGCCACGAUGGCGAGGCCGGCCCUUCAGCUGAGGUUCUCCAGUAACAUACGUGUGACACCCCCUUUACAGGAUGUCACACUCCCCUUCCUAUCACACCCCCCCACCUACCACCCGGUCACAAUCUACUGUCUGUCCCUCUCCAGGACCUGUGAGGGGUACUCCAUGCCCUCUGUCAGGGUGCAAGAGCUGGCAGACCAAAGCCAGGCACUGCACCCAGCAGAGGGUAGCACCUCCAGCAGCUUUCUCAGAAACCUGAGGAAGAGCUGAACCCGAUGGGCAUAGAAUACAGCUUCAGACAGACAGCCCCUCCUGUCACAACACAUCCCCUACCACCUUAGUCACGAGCUACUGUCUGUCCCUCCCCAGAACCUGCAGGGGGUGCUGCAUGCUCCCAGCCUCCCUGCCUCCCUGUCAUCCCACACCUUUUCCCCAAAGCAAGCUGGGCUGGGUCAGGAGAGGACAGGCAUCAGGUGGGAUCUGUGACCUUCCUCAACACUCAUGGGGAGCCCUGGUUCCCCUCCUCUUAGGCAUUUCCCAGCACCAGGCCCGGCUAGGGGAUGGGCAGAGCUCCAGAAGAGCCUGCCCCUCACUGUGGCUGCUUGGGACUCCAUGGGCCCAGGGGUUCUCAGGACCCCUCCCACCACCAACCCCAGUGCUUCCAUGUCUCCAAAAGCGCCUUCCUGUCCCUCUCGUCUGUCCCUGCACCUUGGGGCUGGGGUAGGUGAGGCCAAGAGGGACUGUCCACUUUACAGCUGAGGAAACAAGCCCAAAAGGCUUAAAGAAAUUCUAAAACUGACCCUCUGUGGCAGCCUCCAUCAUACCCCUCUUAAUCCCUCCCUGCUCUGCCUCUGUGGGCCCCUCAGCCCACGAGGCUGGUUCUAAGAGAGCAGUGCUCCUGUGGGCAGGCGAGAGUCUCAGGACAGGUUUCCAGUCUGGCAGAAUUUGUGGGUGUGUGUGUGCGCGUGUGUGCGUGCGUGCGUGCCUGUGUAGAGUGUUUGCUUUUAAAAACACGAAGAUCAAGAGGCAGCAAGACCGGGGUCGGAACCAGGGAGCAGGCUGGGUGGCUGCUGCCCUUCUCCCGUCCGACCCUGGGCAGGGCUCCCAGCCCCCACCCCUGUACAUAACUUUUUGAAACAUUUUUUUAGCGAAUGAAAUAUUGAAGUAUAAGAUUUCCUUUUAUUUUUCAAAUCAAUGGGAAUGUGUCUUGAGGUCCCCUGGGUCCCUGGGCUGUGGAAGGCAGGAUGCAGGGAAAACUGAAUGUGUGUGUGUGUGGAAUGUGGGUGCAUGUUUCCACAGGGGCCCAGUCCCAGUGCCCCAGGGCUCCUGUGGAUCCAACCAGCUUCCUCUCCCCCAGGACUACAGUUAAAGGGUGUUCACAGGUCCCAGUUGGCUGAGCCCACUCCUGGGGGAUGAGGCAGGGCAGGGUCCACAUCCAUUGUUGGUGGUUUGUGGAGCUUUCUCUGGCCGUUCCUUUCCACUCUAACUCUCCAGGAGCAAGCUCUUGGGUUUCUGAGUUUAAUAUGUGAGCACAGGGUUUUUGUUACCCCCUCCAUUAAUGUCAUUUCACCAUCUCACUGGUUCUGUUCUAGCCCUGACCUCCCUCCCUCUUCCCACUCUGCAUUCUAGCUGCCUCUGUUCAGAGGCAGGGGGUUGCAGGAUUGGAGAAGGUGGGAUGGAGCCUUUUGAGUCAGAUCUGGAGACCUGCCUCCAGGCCAGCAGCACCCUCUAAUCUGCCAGGGUCCCUCUUAACAUCUGAUGGCGAGGGUGGGGUGUUGGGUCUGACUUGGCCCCCAGUACCUUAGCCCUGGGUGGCCAAGUGGAGGGGAGUUGACACCCCUAGCUAAAGCACAAGCACCUUAGUCAUACCCCCUCCCUCCACCCUUGCCCUGGCCUGUUGUCCCGCCUCCCCCAGCAAAGAUCCCAAAGCACAAUCUCCUGGAACUUGGCAAGCAGCUGAGCCUGGCCAUGGUGAGGGCAGGCUGUGCUCCCUGCCCAGAAUUAGUAAGGGGGCAGCUCCAUGGGACUGAGAGGUCUUGUAGUAGAGUGGGCAGCAGAGCCCAUUGGUUCCAAGCACCUCAGGAGGUGGCCCUGACUCCCGGGGCUUGGGGUGGGGGAGGUAUAAAGCCAGGGGUGCAGGGGAGAAAACUACUCACUAGGAGAGCCAAAGACAGGGUUGUGCCUUACCUCAGGAGCCACCCCUGCGCCCCUCCUCUGGCGGUCAGCUGCUUGCCCUGCCCUCCUGAGAGCUGCAUGCUCCCCACCCCAAGUACCCAGGAGAGUGACAAAGUAACCCACCUAGCAGGAAAGACAACUAGGGGCAAACCCAGUGGCCACCCUCCCACCCAUCCAUGCCUCUCAUGGGGACAGGCCAUCACCCACUGGCCCAUGUGAAGUGCCAAUGCCCUCCCCACCCAGAGCCAAGCCCCCACCCCUCCCAGGCCCACAAGUGAGAUUGCACAUUAACUACUGUACGGAGAGGAGCGGUGUUGGGAAAUGUGAACCCUGAGAGUCAGUGAUGCUGAUAAGAAUAAAGAAGACGCCUUUGUAACA